UCGAGCCCGUUCUGGACUGGAAUGCUUUUGCACAUAAAAAACACUCCUUGAAUGAACGUGGACGACGCCGAAUAUUAACAUUGUUUUUUUGCCCGAGGAUAUUGCUUUUUUAAGUCUUUAUGUUUGUUUCUUCAUGACUGCUGCAUUCGGAAGCGAAUCGCACCACAACCACUAUGCGAGCCCAAAUCGAAGUUAUACCGUGCAAAAUCUGUGGAGACAAGUCAUCAGGAAUCCACUAUGGAGUCAUCACGUGUGAGGGCUGCAAAGGGUUCUUCAGACGAAGUCAGCAGAACAAUGCUGCAUACUCAUGCCCUCGCCAGAGGAACUGUCUGAUCGACAGGACAAACCGAAACCGCUGCCAGCACUGCCGCUUACAGAAGUGUCUUGCACUUGGAAUGUCCAGAGAUGCGGUGAAGUUUGGCCGCAUGUCCAAGAAGCAGCGUGACAGCCUGUACGCCGAGGUACAGAAGCACCAGCAGCGGAUCCUGAAUGAGCGGCAGCAGCAGACGUGUGAGGCAGAGGCCCUGGCGCGCGUCUACUCCUCCAGCCUGACCAAUGGCCUCAGCACCCUCAACCACGAGAUCGGAGGCACCUACGCCAACGGCCACGUCAUCGAGCUCCCCAAGGGCCAGGUGAACGGUGGUGCCACAGGUGGCUACUACCAUGGUAUGGACUCCACCCAGCCCUCCCCGGACCAGUCGGGCCUGGACUUGGCGGGCAUAAAGCACAUCAAGCAGGAGCCGGUGUACGACCUGACCCCUGUGGCUAACCUGUUCAACUAUAGCACCUACCAGGACAGUCAGCUGGCGCACAGCAAUGUCAGCAUGGGAGAGCUAGAUCGUAUCGCCCAGAACAUUAUAAAGUCUCACCUGGAGACCUGUCAGUACACAGCAGAUGAGCUGCAGCAGCUGGCCUGGCAAACACACUCCUACGAUGACAUCAAGAUGUACCAGAGCAAAACGCGAGACGUGUUGUGGCAGCAGUGUGCCAUCCAGAUCACCCAUUCCAUCCAGUAUGUGGUGGAGUUUGCCAAGCGCAUCUCAGGCUUCAUGGAGCUUUGCCAGAACGACCAGAUCCUCCUGCUCAAGUCAGGUUGUCUGGAGGUGGUCCUGGUUAGAAUGUGUCGGGCGUUUAACCCUCUCAACAACACAGUGCUGUUUGAGGGGAAGUACGGGGGCAUGCAGAUGUUCAAAGCACUAGGCUGUGAUGACCUGGUCAACGCUGUGUUUGACUUUGCCAAGAGUCUGUGCUCUCUGCAGCUCACUGAGGAGGAGAUCGCUCUGUUCUCCGCAGCAGUGCUCAUCUCCACAGACCGUCCAUGGCUGAUGGAACCCAGGAAGGUGCAAAAGCUCCAGGAGAAGAUCUACUUUGCGCUGCAGCACAUCAUGCAGAAGAACCACAUGGACGAGGACGCGCUGGCUAAGCUGAUUGGUCGGAUACCCAUGCUGUCGGCCGUGUGUACUCUCCACACCGAGGAGCUGCAGGCCUUCCAGCAGCUUCACCCCGAGACGGUGAACGUGCUCUUCCCCCCGCUCUACAAGGAGCUGUUCAAUCCCGACCCCAAUGCAGCGAUCACCAUGCCCAAGUGACUUCCUAUGGUCCAACCUCAGAAAGUGGACCACAACGUGACCGCGGACGCAUCCCGGACACCAGGCCCGGACCGUCCAGACACUUACAGCCGCAAACACUAGGAAUGUCCAGCACUUAUCCAACCCUAUUCACCGAUACAGUCUAAAGAAUGUAUAUAAUGCACCCAUGACCACGGGGCUCUUCAGAACUGACCAGAAAUGUACAGACUUUAACUAGCUAAUUUAAGCUGUCUUUUA